AUGAGCAGUUCACUAGAUGACGAUCAUGAUUGUAAUGAGUUUAAGAAAAUAAAAUUGUUUGGAUGUAUGUCAGAUCUGGCAAGAGUUAAGAAGAUGGCUGAAGUUGAAACCUUCCUCUUCACAUCCGAGUCUGUCAACGAGGGGCACCCUGACAAGCUCUGCGACCAGAUAUCUGAUGCUGUGCUAGAUGCAUGCCUGGCUGAAGACCCUGACAGCAAGGUUGCUUGUGAGACAUGCACCAAGACCAACAUGGUCAUGGUUUUCGGUGAGAUCACUACCAAGGCCAAUGUUGACUAUGAGAAGAUUGUGAGGGAUACUUGCCGUGGCAUCGGUUUUGUGUCCAAUGAUGUAGGGCUUGAUGCUGACCACUGCAAGGUACUUGUCAACAUUGAGCAGCAGUCCCCUGACAUCGCGCAGGGUGUCCAUGGUCACUUUACCAAGCGGCCUGAGGAGAUUGGCGCUGGUGACCAGGGCCAUAUGUUUGGAUAUGCAACUGAUGAGACCCCUGAGUUCAUGCCCCUCAGCCAUGUUCUUGCUACCAAGCUUGGUGCUCGUCUCACUGAGGUUCGCAAGAACGCGACCUGCCCGUGGUUGAGGCCUGAUGGCAAGACCCAGGUGACUGUGGAGUAUCACAAUGACAAUGGUGCUAUGGUCCCUAUACGUGUCCACACUGUGCUCAUCUCCACCCAGCAUGAUGAGACAGUGACCAAUGAUGAGAUUGCUGCUGAUCUGAAGGAGCAUGUGAUUAAGCCUGUCAUCCCAGAGCAGUACCUUGAUGAGAAUACCAUCUUCCAUCUCAACCCAUCUGGCCGCUUUGUCAUUGGUGGACCUCACGGCGAUGCUGGUCUCACUGGCAGGAAGAUCAUCAUUGACACCUAUGGUGGCUGGGGAGCUCAUGGUGGAGGUGCUUUCUCUGGCAAGGACCCGACCAAGGUUGACCGCAGUGGUGCAUAUGUUGCAAGGCAGGCGGCGAAGAGCAUUGUCGCCAGUGGCAUCGCCCGCCGCUGCAUCGUCCAGGUGUCUUAUGCUAUUGGCGUGCCUGAACCACUCUCAGUGUUUGUUGACACAUACGGCACGGGCAAGAUCCCUGACAAGGAGAUCCUCGAGAUUGUCAAGGAGAACUUUGACUUCAGGCCAGGCAUGAUCAUCAUCAACCUUGACCUCAAGAGGGGCGGGAAGGGGCGCUACCUCAAGACGGCGGCAUACGGUCACUUCGGCAGGGAGGGCGCAGACUUCACCUGGGAGGUGGUGAAGCCCCUCAAGUGGGAGAAGCCUUCUGCCUGA